AUGACGUUCCAAGAGAAAAUCAAAGAGUAUCCCGUGACUCUGCCUGCUAGCCAGGGGCCACUGCUCAAGUCUGUGCAGGAUUGGGCGUUCAGCAACGGUCUUACCAUGCUCACUGACGAUCCUGCUACUGCUGUCCAUGCUCCAGUCACCCUCCACCCCUCUCCAUUCCCCCGAUCUGUGUUCGACGAGAGCAUUGAGGCCCAGCGAGGAUUCAACACUUUGUACUCCAAGAUUUCCUCCUUCACCAACAACAACUGGCUCGACAAGAUCAUCGACAAACUUGCUCCUUCGGACCCCGAUUUCACUGGUAAGCUGUGGGAGACCCACAAGCUGUCUCUGGUGGACGGCAAGCCCAUCCAACCCCUGACCCUAGGUCUGUUCCGGUCCGACUACAUGAUUGACCAGAAGGACGGCAACCUGACCCCCAAGCAGGUCGAGUUCAACACCGUGUCUGUCUCAUUCGGAGGUCUGACCAGCAAGGUGGCUGACCUGCACAGAUACCUGGCAGCCACGGGGGCUUACGGAGACGAUGCCAAGUUUGAUCUGGACGACAUUCCUCGCUCUAACUCGAUUUCUGAGCUUGCAAACGGUCUGGCUCAAGCCCACAAGGCAUAUGUUGCACAAAACGGCGCGCAGAAAUCAAAAACCGCAGUGCUGGCGGUCGUGGAGAAGCACGAGAAGAAUGCCAUCGAUCAGCGGCAUCUAGAGUACCAGCUUUGGGACAACCACGGCAUUGUCACCCAUCGAGUCAGCAUGUUGGAGGCCACCAAGGUGACUGAAAUCAGGGAUCUGGAUGGAGUUUCUAGACUCUACUACAACGACGCCGAGGUCUCUGUGGUCUACUUCCGGGAGGGCUACUCGCCUGACCACUUCCCUACCCAGGCUCAUUGGGACGCCAGAUUGUAUCUGGAGAAGAACAGGGCCAUCAAAUGUCCUUCUGUGUACACCCAGCUUGCUGGCGCCAAGAAGGUGCAGCAGAUUCUCACAGACAAGUCCGAGCUGCUCAAAUUCGUGUCCGAAAAGGACAUUGGGCCUCUGGUGAACACGUUUGUUGAAAUUCUGCCUCUUGGAGAGGAUUCUGAGGGCGGUAAGCGCGCGGAGCAGCUGGCCAGGACUGAACCUGAACGGUUUGUGCUCAAGCCACAGCGAGAGGGAGGAGGAAACAACAUCUACAAGCAGGACAUUCCCGGGUUCCUGGAAAAGCUGCCCAAAAACGAGUGGUCCGCUUACAUUCUCAUGGAGCUCAUUAAUCCUCCUGUGAUCCAGAACCACAUUUUGCGAAAGGGCGAGCUUUUCACCGGAGACACUCUUUCCGAGCUCGGUGUUUUUGGAACUGUGCUGUGGAACUCUGAGAACGGCGAGAUUCUGCAUAACGACACCACCGGCUGGCUGCUCAGAACCAAGCUGGAGUCCAGUAACGAGGGAGGCGUUGCUGCCGGUUUUGGCUGCAUUGAUGGUGUUUACCUUGUGGAUUAG